AUGCCAGCCCUGAGCUUUCAGGACAGGGGUCUCCAGAGCAAAAGAGGUGAAGCCUUUGGAAAAGAAAGACACUGAGAGAGGACCCAUUGGGUCAGCUGGUGGCCGGGGAGCUCAUGCUUCUGUCUUGGCUCACAGGAUUUGGGACUGGACUGCUCUUCCUGCACUUAGUGCAGAAACUUCUGUUCCCGUAUUUCUGGGACGAUUUGUGGUUCCUGCUGAAGGUGGUGCGCUAUGGCAUUCAGAUGGAGAUAUACAAACUGAGAGGGGAGGUCUUCACUGUGCUGGAUAAGUUCCAGAGCCAUGCCAGGAGACAACCGCAGAAAGCCUUCCUUAUUUAUGAGGGGGAUGUCUACACCUAUGAGGAUGUAGACAAGAGAAGCAACAGAGUGGCCCAUGCCUUCCUGGACCACUCCUCACUGAAAAGGGGGGAUGUUGUGGCUUUGUUGAUGAGCAAUGAGCCCGACUUUAUUCACGUGUGGUUCGGCCUGGCUAAGCUGGGCUGUGUGGUGGCUUUCCUCAACUCCAACAUUCGCUUCAAUUCCCUCCUACACUGCAUCUGCACCUGUGAACCCACAGCCGUGGUGGUUGGCAGAGAUCUGCUUGGAAGUAUAGAAGAAAUCCUUCCCAGCCUCCCCAAGCACAUUAGUGUUUGGGGAAUGAAGGAUUCUGUCCCACAGGGUAUAGUUUCCCUCAAAGAAAAGUUGAGCCUCGCCUCUGAUGAGCCAGUGCCAACAAGUCAUCAUGUCACCUCAAGCCUCAAGUCUACUUGCCUCUAUAUUUUUACCUCUGGAACAACAGGUCUACCCAAAGCAGCUGUGAUUAGUCAGUUACAGGUGUUGAAGGGAUCUUUUGGGCUGUGGGCUUUUGGUUGCACAGCUGACGACAUUAUUUAUAUAACCCUCCCUCUGUACCAUAGUUCAGGGGCUCUCCUCGGAAUUGGUGGGUGUGUAGAGUUGGGUGCCACAUGUGUGCUAAAGAAGAAAUUUUCUGCCAGCCAGUUUUGGAAUGAUUGCAAGAAAUAUAAUGUGACUGUGUUUCAGUACAUUGGAGAACUUUGCCGUUAUCUGUGCAAACAGCCUCAGAGAGAAGGGGAUAAGGACCAUCAGGUGCGUUUGGCGGUUGGAAACGGCAUGAGCAGCGAUGUGUGGAGACAGUUUUUAGACAGAUUCGGAAAUAUUAAAAUGUGCGAAUUUUACGGCGCUACAGAAGGAAACAUAUGUUUCAUGAACCACACCGGGAAGAUCGGAUCAGUAGGGAGAGCAAACUUCUUUUACAAGCUGUUUUUUGCUUUUGAGUUGGUAACAUACGACUUUCAAAAAGAUGAACCAAUGAGGAACGAUGAAGGCUGGUGUCACCAUGUGAGAACGGGAGAACCUGGACUUCUUAUUUCUCGUGUACAUACGAAAAAUCCCUUCUUUGGCUAUGCUGGCUGUUACAAGCACACAAAAAGCAAGCUGCUUUUUGAUGUUUUUAAGAAGGGAGAUGUUUACUUCAAUACAGGAGACCUAAUGGUCCAAGAUCAUGAGAACUUCCUUUAUUUUUGGGACCGUAUUGGAGACACUUUCAGGUGGAAAGGAGAAAACGUUGCAACCACAGAGGUCGCUGAUGUGAUCGGCAGGUUGGACUUCAUACAGGAAGCAAAUGUGUAUGGUGUGCCUGUGCCAGGUUAUGAAGGAAAAGCAGGAAUGACUUCUAUUAUUCUAAAGCCAAACAAGUCUUUAGACUUAGAAAAGAUGUAUGACCAAGUUGUAACAUCUCUACCAGCUUAUGCCUGUCCAAGAUUCUUAAGAAUUCAGGAUAAGAUGGAAACAACAGAGACUUUCAAGCUGCAGAAGAUGCGAUUGGUGGAAGAAGGGUUUCAUCCACUGAAGAUCACUGACCCACUUUACUUCAUGGAUAACUUGAAAAGCUCUUAUGUUCCAUUGACCAAAGAAAUUUAUAAUCAGAUAAUGUUAGAGGAGCUUAAACUUUAGGAUGCUAUUUAUGGGGCUUUGAUUCCUUCCUGGGAAAGACGAAGGAAGACACAUGAGCUUCUUGAUUGACAGCCAGGGAGGGUUCCUUUCAUAAAUCAAUCAUAAAUUGAAAAUAUUAUACAUGAAGAGUGCAUUUGCUAUAACUAAGCUUUCAAGGCCCAUAUGUCUCAGCACAGUGAGCCAUGAAAUAUGAGAGAUUCACCUUAUGGUCAUGAGGCUGACUCGGGGAUGCUGCCCACAGUUGCUGCCCAGGAUCACCAGAAAGUG